UGCUUGCCAGUUACAACCUCCCAUCAUCAACCAUCACACAUCACCGCCAAACUCAUCAUCGUCAACGAUACACGACAGACCCCCGAUCUUUCGCAAACAAGGACGAGCUUCUCCAACCUAAAUUCGUGCGAAAUCCAUCAACUAACAGCAUCCCGCAACUGUGACCACAAAGCGGUUCCAUCAUGGCUGCCAUGUUCAGUCAGAACCCCCUCAUGAACGGGCCCAACUAUUCGUUCAACGAUGCGCCGAGGACAGCAGCCCCCGAGGGUGCGCGACAGCAUCGUUUUGAUCCAUACACGGACAACGGCGGUUCGACGCUUGCCAUUGCUGGCGCUGACUUCACAAUCAUGGCCGGUGACACCCGCCUGACAUCAGGCUACAGCAUCAACUCGCGAUACCAUCCGAAGCUAUUCAAGAUCGGAGGCACCACGGCAGACCAGAAGGACGCCACCAUCGUCUUGUCCGUCGUUGGCUUUGCGGCGGAUGGAGAGGCCUUGAAAGAACGUCUCGACGCUAUUUGCAAAAUGUACCGCUACCGCCACGGCAAGCCCAUGAGCGUCAAGGCAUGCGCCCAGCGUCUGUCGACCAUUCUAUACCAGAAACGUUUCUUCCCCUACUACGUCUAUGCCAUUCUCGGUGGUUUGGAUGAGGAGGGCAAGGGCGCCAUCUAUUCGUACGAUCCCGUUGGAAGUUACGAGAGGGAACAGUGCCGGGCUGGCGGCGCGGCGGCCAGCUUGAUUAUGCCGUUCUUGGACAACCAGGUCAACUUCAAGAACCAGUAUGAGCCUGGCAGUGGUGUUGGCCAUGCGCUCCAGGAGCGCGAGCGCAAGCCGCUCACACGAUCCGAGGGCGAGGUUUUGGUCAAGGAUGCCUUCGACGGAGCUGUUGAGCGUCACAUCGAGGUCGGUGAUGGCCUGCAGAUGAUGGUCAUCACCAAAGACGGAAUCGAGGAAGUCUUGCUCCCAUUGAAGAAGGACUAAGACAGUCUUGACUGGUCGCCAGGUUGGUGCAUCUGCUUUUGGAAGCACGUCUAAGUCCAGCAUUUGAUUCUGAAUAAGUUUGGACCUUGGUACAUCGCAAUAGAGCUCUCGAGCAAAGGAGAUGAACGCUGCAACCGUUGAGGCUCUUCGGUUAGAGCGCUUGGCGGGAGCAAAGGGAAUCGAAUGGCGUAGACCAAUUAGCAUCGACAGGUAAUAGGGCUCAAGGCCCAAACCCAGGCAGAUGAAAGGCUACCUGCACACAUGAUCUUCGCUCUUGCGUGCACGGUUACCAGCGACCAGGUGGAUGUUUCUGGCGUUGCAGGAGUAGACAAGCAUUGCAUUGGGCUCAGGUAGUUAUGAGAUUAUGAUGAUGGUUUUUGUCCUUCCAUGCACUCUAGCACUCUGCUAGCCGAUUUGAUGUU